UUACGAUCGCCACCUAGCGGUCAGUCGGCAGUCGUUGCAGCGAGGCGCAGGAGGAGGUUUGCUCGCCAUAUUUGUUGUUGUCGUCGAUGGGGUAGCCUAGCUGGAGUUUUGUUCUAGUGCAGUGGUGUAGUGCGUAAUUCUAACGUAAAGUAUUACGAUUAUUUGUGUGCCCGUGUCGGGCUUAACCUUCGUGGAAGGUACUGCGGACACAGUGCAAGAUGUCUCUUACAUAAAACUGGUGGGGCAGUGGUGGCUCAGCUGUCCUACUCUGUUGUCGAGUGCGCCGUUUUAUGUGUGCGGCGAUUCGCGUGGGGCACAGGGUUGAAGGGUUUGUUCGUCAAACGGUGGCUCGGCUCGUAAGAGACGGCGGCGGUAUCGUCGCUUCGUGAUCGCGGUGGGGCCGUCGUCGGAGCACGGUGGUCGUUCGGGGGCGCAGUGGCUCGUAGUAUCGCGCGUGCCGAUUCGUACGACAAUUAAAACUGGCGGGCAAUCUGGCUCGGUCUCUGGCGGGCAGUCUGGCUCGGUCUUUGGCGGUGGGUGGUAGCGGCGGCGGUGGCGGUGGAGGCAGUGCAAGCGGCGGAGGGGGUGGUGGCAAUGGGAGCAGCAACGGUGGAAAUGGGGGUGGCGGUGGAUCCGGCGGCGGUGCUCGGGGCGCAGAGUCUGCUGCCGCUUCCGCCGUAUCCGUGGCCGUGGAUAAUGUCGCUGGUCAACCGAGCGGUCCUCAGAUAAUCGAAUGGGAGGAGACCGAUCGUUAUUCCUUCGACGACUCUGAUCGCUUCGAAGAGGAUUCUUUGUGCAGCUGGAGCAGUGAGCCAGAGUCGUUGUGCAAUAACUGGAGAGGAUGGCGACGACCCACCGCCGGUUUUGGCACCACCAAGAAGCCCAUGGAAGAUGGACAGACAGUGCCGACGUUGUGCGAGCUCGCUGCACGAUGUGUCGCGUCGCACAUACCGUUCGAGCUGGUGGAGCACGUAUAUCCCCCUGUCCCGGAGCAACUGCAGCUCAGGAUAGCGUUUUGGAGUUUUCCAGACAACGAAGAGGAUAUUAGGCUGUACUCAUGCUUGGCGAACGGUAGCGCGGAAGAGUUCCAGCGUGGCGAACAUUUCUUCCGGUUGAGGAGCGUGAAAGACCCCCUGCAGAUCGGAUUUCAUCUGAGUGCAACAGUGAACUCGCAGGGGGUGAUGAAUGGUGUCAGAUCACAAUUCAACGUCGCUGUCACUUUUGAUCGGAGGAAAAUCACAUCUUGUAACUGCACUUGUUCCUCUAAGGCCUAUUGGUGUGCUCACGUGGUCGCCGUUUGCCUUCAUAGGAUACAUAUGCCGACACAGGUGUGCCUGAGAGCUCCAGUUAGCGAAUCCUUGUCACGUUUACACCGGGAACAACUGCAAAAGUUCGCGCAAUAUCUCAUCAGCGAGCUGCCGCAGCAGAUUCUGCCCACUGCCCAGCGUCUGUUGGACGAGCUGUUGUCGGUUCAGCCAAGUACCAUCAACAGUUACUGCGGUGCCCCGGAUCCCACGGCAGGCGCCUCUGCUCACGAUCAAACCUCCUGGUACCUCGAUGAAAAGACUCUUCACGAUAAUAUCAAGAAGAUUCUUAUCAAAUUUUGCGUACCCGCUCCUAUAGUCUUCAGUGAUGUAAAUUAUUUGAGCACUACUGCGCCUCCUGCAGCUGCCGAAUGGUCCUCGUUGUUGCGACCGUUGCGAGGUCGUGAACCGGAAGGCAUGUGGAACUUAUUGUCGAUCGUGCGCGAGAUGUUUAAGAGAACCGAUCGUAAUGCCAUACCAUUGUUGGAAAUCAUCACAGAGGAGUGCAUGGCUUGCGAACAGAUACUCGUUUGGUGGUUCAACACGAAAGUAGCUCUAUUGAACGGGACCGGAUACGGCGGUAAACACAACAUGAAUAGCAACGUCCAUGCAUCGCAGCACGCUUGUUCGUCACUGUGCGACGAGAUCGUCGUACUUUGGCGAUUGGCUGCUUUGAAUCCUGGAUUAUCGCCUGCUGAACGAGAUAUGCUUCACAGUCAGUUCACUGCUUGGCAUAUGAAGAUUAUUGAUAAGGUUACAAAAAGUAGAGGCAGUUCGGUAACGCACAAUUCACACAACAGAAAUAACGGUGGCGGACACAAAGAUUCAUUAAAAAAUGACUUAGCCGUGUUCACCGGGUUUAAAUCAGCGCUUGAGGCCUGCUACUUGGAUUGGGAAGAAUACACCUUACCCGGUAUCACCUACACUGCCGGAAGCAAUCCUAUGUAUCAUUGUCCGUUCACGUGCUUCCGACAUGCAGGUGAUACUAGGACUGAAGUGAACCAGGUGAAUUCGAGUGCUGCCGUGUUAAAUUGUCAACCACCGGUUUCGCAUCAUCACGGUCGACGACCUUUGAGUUUAGGCCUGGUAGAAUUUAGUUAUAUGGACAGAAGACGGCUGAAUCCGCGCGAAUGUUCAGGUCUAUGCUCACGAAGCGGCGGUGGUGAUGGGAACCGAAGUAGUGUCAGUUCUGAAGGUUUCUGCGAGAAUGAAACCGAUAUGCCUGAUAUUUCCGAGCCUCAAGUAGUUCUCGUUAGACGAUCUUGCGCUCAAUUAAAUAAUUGCGGGGACACAGAUUCGCAGGAGGGUGGUGGUAGCGAGUCGUCCUCCAAUAGUAAUGUCAGUCUGAAGAACGCUCAAGACUCGGACAAGCACCGCUCAAACGCCUCGUCCGAGACUCAUAGUGAUAGUAGUGAUAGUAGUAAUAAUAAAGCUACCUGCGACGCGAAGUGUAGCAGGACGAAUCUCGAUUACCGAGAGAAAUCGCGAACAGUGAUGCCUAAAGCGAACAGUUCGAAGAGCGAACAAGAAUCCGACCAGGAGAAGGAUCCUUCCAGGAGACCCUCCAAGGAUGAGAGUUCAUCAUCGAGUAGCGACAGUCCGUCUGGUGAUGAAUAUCAUGUUUAUUAUUAUGAUCCUAAAGCUGUGGUAAACACGAAUGGCGCAUCUAGCAAAGAUUCCAAGAAUGAAUCACAAUCCACGUCCACUCCGAACGCGAGUACUGUGUUGGGUAAUCUGAUGAAAACGGAAGAUCCAUGGGACAUCUUGUUCGCCAGGGCGGAAGGACUCUACGCCCAUGGCCACACGAGGGAAGCUUGUAUUUUGGGUGUUCAACUCGCCGAGGAACUGUUGGCUAAUCCCCCAAAUCUCAUGAUUGAUGAACCGCCAGCACCGGUCAAGGGGAAAAAGAAGAAGCAACAAGUUAAUCCGGCGUCCCAUCAGCUUACGUGUCUUGCAUCCGCCACAUUGGCUAAAUGCUGUUUCCUGUGCACCGUUCUCGCAGAAAAUCCGGAAUACUAUAACUUGGCGUUUAGAGUUGGCUUAUUUGGAUUGGAAAUGGCUAGACCGCCGGCUAACACAAAACCAUUGGAGGUAAAAUUGGCUCAUCAGGAGAGUGAACUAGUGGGAUUAUUGAAAAAAAUUCCACUUGGUCUUGCGGAAUUGGCCAUGGUUCGACAAAGAGCGGAACAACUGAGGGAUGGAGUAUUGAGAUCCAGGGGACAUGCGCUACUUCCAAUUAUGUUGGCUAGUUUUAUAUUCGACGCCCUUAAUACAUCAAGACUAAAACACCUGUCCUCAGACGUUGACGAGAAUCUUGGGUUUGAUGCGGCCGUGGCUGCUCUGGGCUUGAAGGCGAAUGUGAGCGAAGCUGAUCAUCCUCUUCUUUGUGAGGGAACGAGACGCCAAAGAGGAGAUUUGGCUAUUACAUUGCUCGUGCACUAUAAGGAUGAACCUACGAAAGUAGCAAGAAUUAUGGACAAAUUAUUGGAUCGAGAUGUUCAUCAGUUAAUUAAAUCACCAAUUCUCAGCAGUUAUUACACCUCUAAUCCUCCUACUAAGAGCGAGAUGACAAGAUAUCUUCAUGAUGAAGAAUGCUCUUCUCCUCUUGCUGGAACGGAUGCUGGAAAUGGCGAUAGUGUGGUUGGUACUAGCAGUAGACCACACAGUAGCACUAGUGCAGAAUUAGAAACUGGUAUGAAUACACUAACAGUUCAGCCGCAAAUAGUUCAACAACCUGUGCCUACUAGAACUAAAGAAACAAGAUACAAAAGCAAGAGAGUAUAUCCAUCAAUUCCCAAUCAACCAUCAGAAGCAAGUGCACACUUUAUGUGUGAGCUAGCAAAAACUGUUCUCAUAAAAGCUGGAGGAAAUAGUUCCACCUCUCUAUUUACACAAGCAUCCACAAGUCAGAAUCACCACGGACCGCAUAGAGCUCUUCAUAUGUGCGCCUUUCAACUUGGUCUAUAUGCUCUUGGGCUUCAUAAUUGUGUCACUCCUAAUUGGCUUAGUCGAACCUAUUCGAGUCAUGUAUCCUGGAUCACUGGACAAGCAAUGGAAAUUGGAGCACCAGCGAUUUCGUUCCUUAUUGAAAGCUGGGAGGGACAUUUGACGCCACCUGAGGCAGUCGGUAUAGCAGACAAAUCAUCUAGAGGAAGUGAUCCUAACAUGGUUCGAGCAGCCGCAGAACUUGCAUUAUCUUGUUUGCCUCAUGCUCACGCGCUCAAUCCUAAUGAAGUCCAGAGAGCUAUUUUACAAUGUAAGGAACAAAGUGAUCUCAUGUUGGAGAAAGCUUGUAUCACAGUAGAAAAUACAGCUAAAGGAGGAGGGGUUUAUCCAGAAGUACUGUUUCAAGUGGCUAAAUAUUGGUAUGAGCUGUAUCUCAGACAUACUCCUGGUGGAGAACAACAAGAUGAUAUGCCACAUGAUCCUUUGCAAUUGGAUCUCAACGGAGUGCUUCUAGUAGAGCCUGGUCCUCCAGUAGAUAUGUCCAAUGGGCAAAUGAUGCCUGGACCAGCUCAAGCAGUUGUCGUGACUAGUACACAGCCACCUCCUCAACCAUAUCCAACGCAUCCAACUAUAACUACGCUGGCUCCUUUAGGAGUUGGUAUGCCAUACGCAGUUGGUCCUUAUAGUUUCGUGCAUCCGCAUCACUCAAUUCCAACUUUUGGUGGGCCGAUGCCGUCGCAUAGGGUAACUCUACCACCAGCACCACCACAUAUGCAAAUGUAUCAUGCGGCAUUCCCGCCUCAUCCUGGUCAUCCGCAACAUCCACAACAUCCGCAACAUCCGCAGCAUCCACAACAUCCACAGCAUCCGCAACAUCCUCAUCAUCCAACACAACCUACGCAACCACCAUCGCUGCCGCAAUAUUAUACACCGCAACCUCCACCGCCUCCAGGAACUCAUCAUUUGUUCACCAUGCAACAGCCUAUGCCAGUUAAUGUACAAGCGGGAGUGACAGGACCUAUUCCUGGUCAAGCACAGCCUAUAAUAUCUACAGUAAGAACUCAACCACAGAUUCACAGACAAACUCAGGCCUUUAGUCAACAGCAACUUCGAGCUUUGGUUGCUGCGUAUCGUGUGGGAAUGUUAGCAUUGGAAACUUUAGCUCGUCGUGUACAUGAUGAUAGACCGCAAGCGAAGUACGCGCGAAAUCCACCCUAUGGAGAAGACGUGAAAUGGUUGUUGAGAGUAUCGAAACGUCUCGGUACUCAAUAUCUUCAUCAACUUUGUAUUUGUACAGUGAAUAGCAUCGUUAGUCCUUUCGUUCUUCAUGAUGUCGCAUUGGAAGCUGCACUUUAUCUGGCUAGAAACAACCGGGCUCUAGUACUUCAACAUUUAAGAUCUGCUUUGUUGGCACCUCUUGUUCAUAAGUGUCAACAAAUGUAUAUUCAAUGUAUGCAUCAAAAACUAUAUCAUUUAACGUCAGGCGAGUACGAAGACUUUGUCAACGUAGUGUGCGCGGCGAGGGCAGCGUUUCACAUUACUCCAGAAGGUCAUGUUCAAUUCAAAGAGCGGCUUCAAUCCAUUAAAAGAUCUCAAUCCUGUACCAAAGAACUGUGGGCACAAAUUAACGCAGCGCUACAGCAGAACGGCAAAUGACAUAGAGCGGAGCCAGGCGUGACGUGGCUCACUUCUCUCCCUCAUCCUCCACCACCUCCGCCACCUCCUCCACCAACGACGACGACAACCCUUGUGCUUCAACACCAGCAUCCCUGUCUUUCUCAUCCACAGAGCUUCGCAUGCGUUCACGGGCUGGCUACCCUCGAUAAGCUGGAACAGGAUCUCCAUAAUGUGCAUCGUCGACGUACAACCGUCGCGCCGACAGUGGCAUCGAUCACAAAUGACCAUCGGACCAUCAGAGCUAGGGACGGCCGAUAAUCGCUUUUUAUCUUCAACUUUUUUUGAGGAAUAGAAAACAUAGAUCGAUUCCAUUGAACGGAAAUAUAUAUAUAUAUAACUUUCUGACUUUAGUUAAUGUAUCUGACUAAUUAAAAACGAGAAAAAGGAAGAAAGAGAGAAUUUAGAGAGAAAGAGCGUGCGCGAGAGAGAGUAUGAUGAUUAUACUUUUAAUUAAGAAUACGCGAUAUGUAUGAAUGAUAGAGAGCAAAAAGAAUGACGUUAGGUUUUGCAGUCAACAUCACCGACCGUUUUUGAAGAUCGAGGAACGAUAUGUAUGAUGUGGUAAUGCAUCGAGAUAUAUCGUGUUGUGUACGUCGAUCGCUAAAGGCACCAUAUUUUUCCUGCGUUUGAAAGAAUAAAAAAGAAAAUAAUAAAAAAAUAUAUAUAUAUAAAAAUAAAAAGUAAAUAUAAUAAGAAAAAGGAAAAAAAUAAAGACGAAACAUGAAAGCAUGAUAGAUAAAUCAAAAUUUCAGGUUUCGCCAAAUGCGAGCAAUUAUCAACGGAAAUUUUAAAGAAUCGUUGGUUUAAUACUCGCAGAAACCUCUUUCUCUCACUUUAGUUAAGUCUCGAUAAACGUCUUUAGCCUCGAUUAGAUAGGAAAUUUUAUUUUUCAUUCAUAGAUAGGAUGAAUUGUCUUGCGUUUUAUUUUAUUUUUGUAAACGAGUAAGCAAAUUUUUAAAAUAUCGAUAACGCACGUCUAUUUAUAUAAUGGAAAUAACGAACAAGGUCCGAUUCGUUAAUACAUAAGAAAGCGACAUACUUUACUUAAAUCAUUGAACGUCGAUGAAAAAAAUUUUUUAUACAAAAGUAAAAAUAAUUUUUACUUC